AUGAAGAAAGACAUCGACGCACUGUUAGCACAGGAACGUGCUGACAUCAUUUCCAAGUAUGACAAGGGCAGGCUGCAGGGCGUCCCGGCGGAGUCUUGGGAGGACGCCGACUACGGCGUCUACAAGGUGACGGACCGAUUGGGUUUCCUGCAUGAGAAAGAGUUACCGACGCCCGGCGUGCUGGAGGAAAAGCAAAAGCAGCAGGAGAUGGAGCGUGUGCAAAAGUGGCUGAAGAUGGUGAAGAACUGGAGCAAAUACAAGAACGGCGACAAGUUGGCGAAGCGCGUUUAUAAAGGCAUCCCGCUCCAGCUGAGAGGUCAAGCCUGGUCCUUGCUUUUGGACGUGGACAAAGUCAAAGGAGACAACCCGGGAAAAUAUGAGAAAAUGAAGCUGCAGGCUCGGAACUUCUCCACGGAGAUCAAACAGAUCGACUUGGACGUCAAUAGAACCUUCAGGAACCACAUCAUGUUCAUGGAGCGCUUUGGAGUCAAGCAACAAGCACUCUUUCACGUAUUGGCAGCCUACUCCGUCUACAACACGGAGGUGAGCUACUGUCAGGGGAUGAGUCAGAUCGCCGCCAUGCUGCUGAUGUACCUGAACGAGGAGGACGCCUUCUGGGCCCUGUCCCAGCUCCUUACCGACAACAAGCACGCCAUGCACGGUUUCUUCAUCCCGGGUUUCCCCAAACUGCAGCGUUUCCAGGCUCACCAUGAGCGGAUCCUCUCCAAAAUGCUUCCCAAAGUCAGGAAGCACCUGGAGCGAGAGCAGAUGUCCUGCGGGCUUUACACCACCAAGUGGUUCCUCCAGUGCUUUAUUGACCGAAGCCCGUUUACCCUCACUCUGCGCUUAUGGGACAUCUACAUUCUGGAAGGGGAGAAGAUGCUGAGCGCCAUGGCUUACACCACCCUCAAGUUACACAAGAAGCGUUUGCUGAAGUUCCAGUUGGAGGAGCUGAGGGAGUUCCUUCAGGAGCAGCUGGCCGCUUCCUUCCUGCUUCCGGACGACGCGGUGGUGGAGCAACUGCAGGCCGCCAUGGCCGAGCUACGCGCUAAAAAGUUGGACAAACCCCCUCCAGCCAAGUCAGAGGAGCUCCCCAUGAAGCCCCUGGGCAGAGAGCUCCCCGUCGUCCUGCUGCCUCUGCUCACCGACUCCCCCGGCGAGGUCAAACCCGGGCAUCGGGGAGCGCCUCCUUCGCCGUCGCCCGAAGCCGCCUCUUCUCCUUUGGCGGCGCGUAGAGCCCCUUCGUUAUCCCGUGUCGAGGAAGACCACGUCGGCCGGGGACGGACCCCGGACGCCCGGGAGGAGCCGGCGGAUUGGCCCCCGCCUCCUCCGGAAUUUGCGGGCGCGCCCACGGAGAUGUGGGACUUGCCGGAUCUUCCGCCUCCGCCGCCGCCCUUUUCCCCGACGGAGAGGGAGCAAACGUUCAGUUCUCCGACGGACGGGCACAUUUUGGCCGGGUUUACGGCGCAUUUGCACGGGCUGGCGCCCCCUCAGGCCGACAGGCGACCUUCCGCAGUUUCUCAGUACGACAACCUGUCGGAAGCGGACGACGGGCGGAGCUCCCCGGCGCCCGGCCGAGAAGAUGUUCUUUUCCAGAGAGACUACGAGCCCGCCCGUCAUCUGCCCACGUUAUGGCCCCUCCACACCGUGGCCGCUGUGCCACAGGAGGCAAAAUAUACACACGAUGAGCGGCGGACGCCCGCGACCUCGUCCUCUGUACUCGUGAGCUUGCCGGCCUCAGCCCUCAAACAGAUUCCCUUCCAAAGAGACGACAAGCCCGCUCCCCGGCCACCCCUUUGCCAGGCCAGUUUGCCUCAGGCGGCAAAAUACAGAGACGAUGAGCGGCGGGUACCCGCGACCCAGUGUCCCGCGCCGGCCCCCCAAAACGAGCCCGCCCAUCAUCCGCCCACAUUACGGUUGCCUCAGGAGGCAAAAUAUAAAGACGGCGAGCGGCGGGCACCUGCGACCCCGCCUCCUCAUUUCUCCCGUAGCCCCCGGGACCGAUCGGCCUUUCCGUCGCCGCUCUUGUACACGGGGCCCUCGUCCGGCGCGGACUUUUGCAGGCAUCUACCAAAGUCUGUCGCGUUUUGA